UCAUAACAAAAAACAUUUCAGAAAUUAUUAAAUACCGCGUGAAUAACAAUACAUUUAUAAUUACAGUUUCGUAAGUUAAAAUAGGCUUUUUUCUUAAAUUGGGAGCACCUAUUUCAGAACAUGUUGUUUUAAACAAACACAUAUUUAGUGAAUUAAUAUGCGACACAGUUGAUCGAUAAAGUUUACACAAAUAUUUAUUAUUGCAACGAUAUUGGUUAAACGUUUGGUUUAAGAAAUUGCGCUGCUGAGCAUUGCAUUUUGAGCUGUCAUACAUAUUGCUGAUGUAAAUAGUGCUGUUAUACAACUGAUUGAUAAAUUUACACAAAUAUUUCACUAAGUGCGUUCAUAUAACCGUAAUUUUUAUAAUGGAUGAAUAUAAUGACGAGGAGUUGCUCAGUGAUUUUGAAAGGCGUGUGCACGAGGUCAGUUUAUCAGAAGAUGCACGAGUGGCACUUGAUGACAAAUUCGAUUUUAGUGGACGUGAUACCUAUUCAAUGCAACAAAGAAGACUGAAUCAGCAAUUUCAAUUACCAUCGCAAAUGACUUCGAAAACAGAUCAUGGACAUGUUUCUGCAAAAAAACUAUCUCGUGGAGGAAAACUAGCACUCAUAAUUAAACACGAGGAGCAAUCAAACAAAAAUGGGAAAGUUUACUCGGACAUUAAAUCCAGCAGGCAUAAUAGUAGCAUUAACAGGAUAACGCAGCCUAAUAUAAAUAAUACUAAUAUAGAAACUAAUGAGUUAAAAAAAGAAGUAAUAGAAGUAAUAGAAAAUCUACACAGAUAUUGUAAUGAGAAUCAAGACUUAGACGAAGUUGAACGCAUAAAAGAAUUAAUAAUCAAAAGGACAAAAAUUGUGAAAAAACAAAGAGAGAGAGAUUCUCUGCGCCAUGCAAAAAUAGAAAAUAGAUACUUUGAGGAAAAAACAGACAUAGUUAGUGUGAUUGAGCACUCAAUACAAUCAGAAUCUCGGAAUAAUAAAAAUAUAGACAAAGAAGACUGCAUUGAGUAUUCAUCUUUGAAGUCACAAAAUAAUGAAGACACAGACGUAAAUGAAAUUAGUAGUAACUCAUCCAUAAAUUCAUGUCAAAAUCAAGACGCUUCAUCAACUAUAAGUAGAGUACCUGAUAAACUUUGUAGCAACAUAUCGCAGGAAUCCACAACAGAAUAUGUUAGUAAAGAAUCAUAUAACUGUUCGGUUCAAAAGCAACAAAAUUUAAAAGUAUCUACAAGAGAGUUACCGUUUUUAUCGACUCCAGUACAGUCAAUUCAAAUAACAGAAGUUUUAAAAAAUACGAAUGACGCUCAUCACACUUCGUUCAAAAUUUUUGAUCAUUUGGUAUUAGCACAUUCAAAAUUUCCGGUUAAAAGUAUAGAAAAAUUAGAAUAUAUAUCCUUUAUGGAGGAAAUAUUAAACGGAAUUAAAGAAUUGGGAUUAAAAAAAAUUCUUCGUAUUCAGUCAUAUGCUUGGCCGCAUUUAUUGCGUGGUAAUUCAUCACUUAUCAUUAGUGGCGCCGGGUCAGGUAAAACAUUUUGUUACAUUCCUGCAAUUUGCAAUUCAGUUGCUUUUCGCAUUAUAAACAAAGGAGUUAAAAAUAAUUCUGGUCCAAUUGCAAUUAUUAUGUUAUCUAAAGCAGAGGAGAUUGAAAUCGUCAUAUAUGUAUGUGAGUUUUUAUUGCAGAAAUGUGGCAUAAAAAGCAGGUGUGUUGACGCAUAUGGUGUGAGAAAUCUAUUGGAAACAAAAAUGAAACUUAUAAAUGGUUGUCCAAUAUUAGUUGGAACGCCUUCAAGUUUACGACUUAUACUUGAAGAGAACAAAACUGUGCCGUUAAUUGACGGCGCACGUGUAAAGCAUUUCGUAAUGGAUGAUAUUGAUGUUAUGUUAGAUACAAAAAAAGAUUUUUUAGAUGUAAAAAAAAAUUUGUUGAAACUAUGUAAUAAGAAAGAAUUGCAAAUUGUAGCUACUUCUCGUGUUUGGAAAACAGUUUUUCUUCAAUACCUGCAAACUUUUAACGAUGCAUUAUUAAUUAUUGGAGACUUCUUAGAAGCAGCGAUGUAUAAUCAUACAAAAAUCAAUUUAAAAAUUUGCGGAGCUAUAAAUAAAAUUGAAAGAAUAACGAAAUUUUUGGAGGAUAACUCAUACGAAAGUCAACGGUCAAUAGUUAUUUGUAAUUGUACGGAAGAAGUGAAACGUGUCCAGGAUGCUUUGUUGGCGAAUAAAAUUUGUUGUUUAGCAUAUGAUUUAGAAUCUGAUUUUCUAAUUCUUAAAAAAAAUAUAUUUUUGAAAUCAUGCCCACCAGUAUUAAUAUGUACAGACGAUAUUCUACACGAGAUGCCUGAAUUGCAAAAUGUAGUAAAUCUUGUACAUUAUUCAAUGCCUUCAUCAUGGACACGUUUUACAAGACGUUUUCUGUUAAUGUUGCGAAAUGUAAGAAAUAUAUUAGCAGACGAUUUUAUAUGUAAGUCUCGCGAAUCUUUGCCUAAGACUGCUUCACUAGUUUUGUUAGAUGAAGAAAAUGAACUACAAUUGCCACGUUUAUUCAAUUAUAUCAAUAAACAUGCCACAAAUCAGGCAGAUGAUAUGGCACAAAUACAAAAAAUGAUUGCCGAAAUAGUAGAAACUCGCAGAGCGACAAAAGCGUUAUGCCCCUUUAUGUUAAACACUGAAACCUGUGAUCAACCCCGUUGUGAUUAUCGGCAUAAGUUUAUGGACUCAGAAAUAGUCAGGGAUAGUGUGGUCCCUACGACAGGAGAAUUACGUAUAACAAUCCUUAAAGUAAUUUCGCCUACGCAUUAUAUAGCUCAGCUUAACGAAUUAAGACCUAUAAGCACUUCGGAAUGGAAUGUGAUCCAUCAGUCUGAUAUGGCAGGGCCCUUUCAAAGUAAACUAACUUUACAUUAUAAUAUGCAAACGAGAUUAAAAGUUAAAUGGCCAAUAACUAUUAAUGAUAUAUGUGUUACUGAUUUAUCUGAUGUGUUUUAUCGCGUACAAGUAACUCAUUUGCCAAACAUAAAAAAUAAAAAUAUUUUUACUAAUAUUUCAGUGACUGUGAAAUUUUUAGACAUUGGGAUAGUAUCAACAGUUCAAUCUACUUCACUUUUCAUUUGUGAAGAUGAAUUUAUUAACUUUCCACCACAAGCUAUUGAUAUACGUUUGUUGGGGGUGCAACCGCAUAAUGAUGAGCGUUUUUGGCAUAGAGAUAUUACGAAAUUCGUUACGAAUAUUUUAAUUACGAAUAGAGUAAAAACUGAUAAAGUCUUUGCAAAGAUCAAUUUUUCUUCAACUAAUUGUAUUUGGGUUGACAGUGUUUACGUUCAGGAAUACUUGGAAACUACACGAACUUGGAUUAUUAAGGAAAAUUUAAGGAAGUGUUUGGUUGCUAAUAACUUUGUUAUGACGAUACCUGAAAAUCAAAGCGAUAUACGUGCGAUUGCCUUGCAAUGUGGUUUAAUAAAGGAAAAGGCAACAGAAGUCUCUGUAGCUGAAGUCCAAGAAAUGGAAUUGAUAAAUACUGCGGAUAUUAAACAAGAGCAAAAUUUACAAGAUAAUAAAUAUAAAGACAUAAAUACUGUCAAAGAAGAUAUAGAAACCCAAGUUCAUAGUAACAAUACACAACAAGAACUGCUCUCAAAUAAUAGUGUAUACAAUAAUUUUGGACUCAAAGAUGCUCUAAGCGAGUCGAAGUGUACAGAAAAACAACAUUUUGAAGCAAACAUUAAUGAAAAAGCUAUCAAUGAAUAUGAUCACUCCCUAGUAGACGAAGAUAAGGUGAUUUUUAAAUAGCAAACACCACAAAUUUAUAGUAAAAUUUCUAUAUUCAGUGUAAGA